UACCUUUCGUUCCGAACUUCGAAUUAUUUCACCUUACAACUCCACGUGGAACUCAAUUCGACGGACCGUGCCUGCCUGAACGCGACAGCGCGGCAGCGGAUAAUUAAUAUUGGGCCUGCAUUAAGGGUUCUUCCACCAGUGGGUCAGGCUUGCUCACUUCGCCCUUUGGCAGCUAAGGUAGCACCGGCAUCGUACAAAAAUACGGUUCAGUCGCUGCUCACUCCCCCCGCCCGCGGGGUCGCCUUCCACCCUCUUACCUUACUCACGACACAGAGCCUCUGGACGAUCGCACAGCCUGCCCGACUAACUAUGGACGGCUUUGGCGACAGCGACAAGUGCGCCUCGGGCUCGACCUCCCCGCUGUUAUCCGGUUCCAGCUGCCAGGACUCCCAAGGCAGUUCCUCUCUUUACGCCGCCUUCACGACCAUAGCCGCGAUGCCUUUGCUCUAUUUCUUUCUUGUGCCAUGGUUCUGGCGGGCAAUAGGAUCGGCUUUGGGCUGGUACCUCAAGCGCAAAACCGAGGGCCGCCGGGCUCAGCUGCUCGAGAUAAUGAACGAGGACGAGCGUCGAUUCGCGGAGCGUGGACAGGAGAGGAAAAAAAGCAUUACGGAUGAGGACUGGGAGAGCAUUGAACCGUCUGCGGGCAGCGCUGACAAUGGCGGCAAGGGUGCGCAGGAAUGGGAUGGAAUCGUGGGAUUCUUUCACCCUUUCUGCAAUGCUGGAGGGGGUGGUGAACGAGUGCUGUGGGCUGCCAUUCGAGCGACGCAGCAGAAGUGGCCGAAAGCCAAAUGCAUAGUCUACACUGGUGAUCACGAGGUCAACAAGGAGGCAAUACUUUCUAGGGUCGAGGUGUUAGUGUUCCUGUAUCUCUCGACUAGACAUUGGGUUCUCGCAUCGACCUGGCCUCACUUCACCCUCGCCGGGCAGUCAUUUGGCUCGAUAAUCAUGGCAUGGGAUGCCUUCUCUCUACUUACACCGGACAUCUUCGUCGACACCAUGGGUUACGCGUUUGCCCUGGGUCUUUGCAGGUGGCUCUUUCGUACCAUGCCUACGGGCGCUUACGUACAUUACCCAACCAUCUCGACUGAUAUGCUCGAUUCUUUGAACCCUCAGUCUGCCGUAGGCUCUCAAGGAGUCAAUGCUGGCCAGGGUGUUGGAGCCCGUGGUAGGGCAAAGAAGUUGUACUGGGAGCUAUUCGCGAAAAUAUAUUGUCGGAUGGGGGCUACGAUUGACGUUGUGAUGACCAACUCGACCUGGACUCAAAACCACAUACAAAAGCUUUGGGGACCACUCCGUAACAAUACGAGGAACGGUAGGCCCAACAACGCUGUGGCGGUGGUUUAUCCACCUGUGGCUGUUCGCGAGCUGGAGCAAGAAGUAGAGGUGUCCGUAGACAGUGAGAGCAGACGCGAGAAGGCACUAGUGUAUAUUGCACAGUUCAGGCCUGAGAAGAACCAUCAGCUCAUUAUCCAGGCGUUCGCCGAGUUCGUCAAGGGCGAUUCGGAUGUCGCCAAAGGUGCGACCUUGGUUCUCAUUGGCAGUGUGCGGGACGACAGCGACUCCAAGCGAGUGUACCAGCUGCGCUUACUGGUCAACGAAUUACACAUCAAGGACCGGGUCGAGUUCCAUCUUGACGCGCCUUGGCCCCGAAUCCUCGAGUGGCUUCGGAAUGCAUCUGUCGGAGUCAACGGCAUGUGGAACGAGCACUUCGGUAUUGGUGUCGUCGAGUACCAGGCUGCCGGACUUAUUCCCGUCGUGCAUAACAGUGGCGGACCCAAACUGGACAUUGUCACCGAGAUCGAUGCAGAGCCCACAGGUUUUCAUGCUACGACGUCCACAGAGUUUGCUGAGGGCUUCCGCAAGGCUCUGUCGCAUCCCGACCCUCUGGCCAUAAGGCAGCGCGCCCGGAAGUCUGCCAAAAGAUUUACCGAAGAAGAGUUUGCGAAGAAGUGGGUUGACCAAAUGGAGAAGCUGGUUGCACUGUGUUGA